GAGCGGAGCGAACGCCAUUCUCCACCGCGCUUCUCCCGCGACUUUCCCCUUUCUUUCUUCCCUCCUGUUCUCGCUGACUCACUCACUCUCUCUGGUGGCGAUGCUCGCGGUAGCGCAGAAUGUCGCCCUAGAUUUGGAUUCCUCUCGAUUUCCGCAUUAUAUACCUCCAUCUCCCUUGAGUAGGAGGUGCAGAGUGGCGAUUUCUAUCGGAAGUCGCCCGGCUCGGUCGUUACGCGUUCUGCCAGGGAGGUUUGAUCAUCGGAGACGGUCGCGAUCAAAUAUGAUGGAAUCCGGUCCUUUUCGUGAAGACCUUGAUGACUUCGUUAAUGUUGGGAAUGCGCUCGCAGACGCGGCCGGUGAGGUCAUUCGUGGCUACUUCCGCAAGAAGGUUGAGAUUUUGGACAAGGAUGACAUGAGCCCUGUGACAAUUGCUGAUCGUACUGCUGAAGAAGCUAUGGUCUCAAUUAUUUCAAAGAACUUCCCUUCUCACGCAAUAUAUGGAGAAGAAAAUGGAUGGAGAUGCAAGGAGAAAAGUGCUGAUUAUGUUUGGGUUCUGGACCCAAUUGAUGGAACAAAAAGUUUCAUUACAGGGAAGCCUUUGUUUGGCACUCUCAUUGCUCUACUGUACCAAGGAAAACCGAUUCUUGGCAUCAUUGAUCAGCCUGUUUUAAGAGAACGAUGGGUUGGUGUAUGGGGAAGGAGGACUGUGCUGAAUGGCAUGGAAACUUCAACCCGUUCUUGUAGUAAACUAUCUGAAGCCUACUUGUACACUACAAGUCCCCAUUUGUUUAGUGGAGGUGCUGAAGCAGCAUUUGCUCGAGUAAGGGAUAAGGUGAAGGUGCCAUUGUAUGGGUGUGACUGCUAUGCUUAUGCCCUUUUAGCAACAGGAUUUGUGGAUCUUGUUGUUGAAUCUGGUCUUAAGCCUUACGACUUUUUAGCUCUAAUACCAGUCAUUGAAGGAGCUGGAGGGACAAUUACUGAUUGGAAAGGGGAGAAUCUUUUGUGGGAGGCUUCACCAAAUUCACAAGCGACAAGUUACAACGUUGUGGCAGCAGGCGAUUCUGUGGUUCACAGGCAAGCAGUAGAGUCAUUGCUGUGGGAGUAGCAAAGAAUUGUGACUUCCAGACUCUUGAAAACAGCAGCAUUUAAACUACUUGUACGCGUCAACCUCCCAGCGGUUGUAGCGCAUGCUUGGAAUAAAUACACGACUUUGCGUCUAGGCUAGUUGCAGCAACCAUGUCCAACUUGACACUAUAAUCUUCUUCCGGUUAGUAAUACGUCCCUUUCAUGCUU